AUGGCGACGUCGACUCCGGCGCCGUGGUCAGAACUCCCGCAAGACAUACUAGACCUCAUCAUCGACCGCCUCGUAUCCUCCCCUCCACGGGGAGGCUUCUUCUCCUCGGCGUGGUCGCUAGUCCAAGGGCUCCUUGGUUCCUCCGCUAAACCCGCUGACUUCAAGAAGGCGCGACGCGACCGUCAUUGGGUCUCCGCCGAUCGAGCUCGCUUCCGUGCGGUGUGCCGUUCGUGGCAUCUGGCUAUGCGCCGGCACAUUUCGGCUUCACGGCAGCUUCCCUGGAUUGUUAUGUCAGACGGCUCGUUCUACAAACCUUCGGACCCUAUUUGCACCUCGCCGCCCCGGCUCCCCACGUUGCCCAGCAACACAAGAUGCAUUGGCUCCACCGACAAUUGGCUCGCCCUCGACUUCAUCGACGCCAAGAAGAUGCAUAGCUACUCCUUGCACAAUCCGUUCACUGGCAUCACUGUGUCGCUUCCCGAGUUGGAUGCGGUCAUUGGCCAAGUUUCUGAGCUUUUCGAGGUCCGUAAAGUGCUCAUGCGAUCAACGCCUUUGGACAUCGUCGCUGUCAUGACCAACAACUGGAAUCACCCCCUCAUCUUAAUCCGUCCAGGGAAAGGUGUGUGGUUGCCUGAGCCACAAAGUGCUCCUUUCGUGGACAUCGUUGACAUUGCUUUUCUUGGCGAUAAAUUAUAUGGAAUCACCGAGGCGGAGGAUCUUGUUUCUCUCGGUAUAGAAUUUAAUAGUGAUGGCAUGCCCACCAUUACUAGCACUGAGUGCCUCAUUAGGCACCCAUCGGGAAAUUCAAGUCGCAGUGUGUGGCGCGAAGUUUACGAUAACUUUGAUUUCAGCAACAAUGAUAAGGGCGGUAAGGAUGAGGUCACAAAUAGUUUUGAGGACCAUACCGAGGCAGUGAGCGAGGACUCUGAGGAGCGGGCCUUAGAUGAACUUCGGAAUAAAACUGGCGAUGGCAUGAUUCUCGAGGGUGCUACAUGGUUAGAUGAUGAGGUUCAACAUGAACCCAAGGAUAUCAUCACCGUCAUUCGAUACCUGAUUGAGUCACAUGGGAAACUGCUCAUGGUGAAGAGACAAUUGCAUUGGCCUCAAUAUAGUAUCAACUUCACUACCAAGGUGGAGGUUUACGAGAUGGAUGUCAAUGAUGAAGUGCACUGGGUGCCGGUUUCAGGUGGGCUAGGCAGCAAAGCACUUUUCAUCAGCAGAUUUUUCUGCAAGUCUAUUCAUACUUGUGAAGACGGAGACCAUGAUGCUCUUCAUUUUAUCGACAGUGGUGAAAAAUACGAUAUGAAAUCCCAAAUUGUGAGCCCGAGCUGGAGAGAUAUUGAUCUCUAUAGGUCCACGUGGAUAUUUUCUCGGGAGCUAGUGGUUUGA